AUGGCUGGUGUGAAGAUUUGGUCUGUUCUGCUGGUUGUACUGUGCCGUUUCUGUCAAAGGUGUGUCCCAAGUGGAAUUUCCACACAUGUUGAAAUAGCACAUAGAGCUCUGGAAUUUUUCGUUAAGCACGAAGGGAAUGUUAAUUAUAGACAGUUAUUACUAAACCACCAAGAUGCAUUUCAGGCUGGGAGCAUUUAUCCUGAUGCCUUUUAUCCUUCAAUCUGCAAAAGUGGAAUAUUCCUUGAUGUGUCUGAAGAUACUCACUGGUCACCAUUUCUCACGACAAGUAUUCGCUACAUCAGGAGGAAUUAUCCUCAGCCUUGGGAAGAGGCUACAGAGAAGCUGGUGGCCUUCCUGUUUGGAAUUGCCUCUCAUAUGGUGGCAGAUGUUAGCUGGCAUAGCCUGGGCAUCAACCAAGGAUUUCUAAAGGCCAUGGGAGAAAUCGAUUUUCAUGGUUCAUACUCGGAAGCCCACAGUGUUGGCGAUUUUGGAGGAGAUGUACUGAGUCAGUAUGAGCUGGACUUCAGUUAUCUGGCAUCGAAAUGGUAUGUACCUGUGAAAGACCUAGCAGCUAUCUAUAAGGAAUUUUAUGGAAGAGAGAUCAUAACUGAAAGCACAAUUACUGACUGUACUUACCUGCUGUUCCUUGAACUGCAUGGUGAAAGGCUUGCUGUUGCCAAGCUUUUUCCAACGUAUGCUAGUAAAUCUCCGUUUCUGGUGGAGAAGUUCCAUGAGUAUUUCCUCGGAGGAGUGGAUGACAUGGCAUUCUGGACAAACAAUAUUUUUGAGCUGACGAGUCAUAUGCUAGAGAAUGGAACCAGUGGCUGCUUCCUGCCGGAAAACCCUCUGUUUAUAAACUGCACACGGGCGCGCAAGGACAACUAUGUCAGAAAGAAGCAAUCAAAACAUGAACGACACAAGAAUACAACAACUUUGCUUGCAAAAACACUUGAACAGAAUAUAAAUUAUACAGAGAGAGGAGUUCACUUCAAUAUACAAUCUUGGGCAACAAAUUCCCUCCACUUUAUAAACCGUGCUUUUGCAACCAGUGUCUGGAGAGCGUUGGCAUCUGCACAUCAGAAAUCUUCUAAGCACAUCUCCAAGCCAGCAGCGUCAUAUUUUCUGACCUCACCCUAUGCUAGACUUGGAUGGGCUAUGAUCUCAGCUGACCUAAACCAGGAUGGAUAUGAAGAUCUGGUGGUUAGCGCACCAGGGUACAGCACAUUGGGCUGUGUUCAAAUAGGACGGGUGUAUGUGGUCUAUGGCAACCAGUCAGGUUUGCCAGCAGAGGACAUGGAUCUAGAUGGGAAAGCUAACCAGGUGCUACCGGGUCAUCAGCCUUCAGGAAGAUUUGGUUCUGCCUUGGCAGUCCUGGACUUCAAUGAGGAUGGAGUGCCAGAUCUGGCAGUUGGAGCACCUUCCGUGGGAUCUCAGUUUCUGACUUACAAAGGUGCUGUGUAUGUCUAUUUUGGCACUGAGGGAAGAGGCUUGGCAUCUCAACCAAACGUUACCAUAACUUGUCAGUAUUCCUACUGUAAUCUUGGUUGGUCCCUGCUGGCAGCAGAUGUUGAUGGGGAUGGAAAUGCUGAUCUGGUUGUGGGCUCUCCGUAUGCACCUGGUGGCGGGCAGCAGAGAGGAUUUGUGGUUGCAUUUUACUCUUAUGUCAACAGGACCGACCAAGGACUUCUGUCCGUGGCGGAUGCCAACUGGAUGGUGAAGGGGGAAGAAAACUACGCUUGGUUUGGAUUUUCGCUUGACAGCUGCCAGCUGGAGAACGUAACGUUGCUGCUGAUUGGUAGCCCUACAUGGAAGAGUUGUGCUGGGUGUGUUGUGCAUGACAGGGAUGUCAGACAGAGUGUUGGGAAGGUGUAUGGGUACAACCCACCAAACACAACGCCCUGGUUCGCGGUAACGGGAGACAAGGAGAUGGGCAGAAUGGGUUUGUCUCUGGCCAGUGGUGUGAUGUCUGUGGCUGGGAUCGCAAGGACAGUUUUGGUGGUAGGUGCACCUACUGCAGAUAGCCUGUCUAGGAUUUCAUUUAUCUCCUCUGUGCUGCACCAGGCUGGACUGGCUCUGGUAUACGAUCUGACAGACAGCACCAAGCCUGCUUUGCUCAGCACCUUCAGUGGGGACAGGAGGUUUUCUCGCUUUGGAGGAGAUGUGUGCUUAAGUGACCUGGAUAAUGAUGGACUAGAUGAAAUGAUUGUGGCAUCCCCUCUGCGAACUAACGACAUCACCACGGUACUGUUUGGUGGGACAGCUGGCCGUGUUUACAUUUACAACGGCAAGCAGGCAUCCUCAGGGAACGUGACGAGCCACUGCAAGUCAUGGGUAUCUCCCUGCCCCGAGGACUGGGCACAGUAUGUCCUGAUUUCUCCUGAGGAACAAUCAAGGUUUGGGAGUUCCGUUAUCACUGUGAAAUCUGAAAGAAAGAGAGAAGUUGUAGUGGCAGCAGAGAGAAGCUCGGCGAAAGCUCGGCUUGGUGGAAGGCUUUUUGUCUACUCGCUCUAA